AUGGUUUCAUUUAGUUGUGAGGUGUGUAACGAUACCGUGUUAAAGAAGAAAUUGGAUCAACAUACACAGAGAUGUGGGGGUGCGUACUUCAGCUGUAUCGAUUGUUCGGUAACUUUCAACGGUACCGAAUACCGUCAGCACACCAGUUGCAUCAGUGAAGCCGAGAAAUACGAAAAAGGGUUGUAUAAGGGCAAGAAGAAGCAGCAGAUCCAAAGCAAGCCUCAGGAAGUAGUUAAGGCUGAAACUAAACCUGAACCUAAGAAGGAAAAGAAGGAAUCCAAGAAGGAAUCUAAGAAAGACUCUAAGAAAGAGAAGAAGGAAUCUACCGAUUUAUCCUCAUAUUUAAAUUCGAACAAACAAGAAAGCUUGUACAAGAUCAUCAAGAAGAUUUCAUUCGACAAGAAGAAGGAUAAGAAGGACAUCUUGAAAAAUUUACAGUUGACUAAACUUGAAGAUGGCUCAAUUAAUGUUAGCUUUUAA